GGUAGAGUAGCGCCACAAGAACAUCUGGUCACCGGAAAGUUCGUCGACCAUUUGCGCAAUUAAGGUCUUGGCCACAGAUGAAAGACCGUGCGUGAUUUAACGAAUGCACAAUGGUCAUUCAGAAGAGCUCUUUCGCAGUCGACUCAUCAGUUGAGCAGAGCAUGUGAAAGGAAGGCAGUGUCUUGAACGCGUUUGUCUUAACUGGAACAGGAAUAAAGUUAACGUUGAGGAUUUAUUUCAAAGGUCAGAAUUAAGAACGUCUUUUUUGGCUGAAAUGGAGGAUUUAAACGGCACCAUUGAUCCCAGCUGUUUACAGGAUCCACCGCUAGCUAUUGAUGUCAUAAACCAGUUAGAUAUGUUUGGAAUGGUCCUGUAUUCCCUGCUGACGUUCAUGGCCACAGUGUCUCUGGUGGUGUACCUGGAAGAAUGUGCGUAUGUGUAUAAGAAGGUGCCCUCACCCAAGAAGACGACUAUCAUUUGGGUGAAUGGAGCAGCCCCGAUCAUUGCCAUAAUGUCCUGCCUUGGAAUGUGGAUUCCAAGGUCUACCAUGUUUACAGACAUGACUUCAAACUCUUAUUUUGCAGUCGUGGUGUACAAAUUCCUGAAGCUGAUGCUGGAGGAGGUGGGUGGCGAAGAGGCGUUCCUGCAGCGCUCUGGGAAAAAGACUCUGAGGAUGAGCACAGGGCCCUGCUGUUGCUGCUGCCCCUGCCUGCCUCGUGCACCAAUCACAAGGCGUACACUUUUUCUGCUGAAGCUGGGGUCCCUUCAGUAUGCCAUUCUGAAGACUGCCCUUUCCAUAUUCUCCAUUGUGCUCUGGACUAAUGGGAACUUUGAUCUCUCUGAUCUGGAGAUUACGGGAGCUGCAAUCUGGCUUAACCCGUUCAUUGGGGUCCUGACCAUCACAGCCCUGUGGCCCGUCUCCAUCAUGUUCAUGCAUCUGGUCAGCACCCUGCGAAGUCUCAAGAUCAUCCCCAAGUACGCCAUGUACCAGCUGGUGUUGGUGCUGAGUCAGUUACAGGCGGCCAUCAUCAGCAUCCUGGCUCUGGACGGGACCAUCGCUUGCUCUCCACCCUUUUCAUCCAUCGCCCGGGGGUCCAUGCUGAGCCAGCAGCUGAUGAUUGUGGAGAUGUUCAUCAUUACCUUGGUGAACCGGAUGUUGUACCAUCGGACCUAUGAGCCUUUAGACCUGGACCAACAUGAGAGUGACAAUACCCAGAAUGCUAAAAUGAUCCUGAGUCCUGCAAUGGGGGAGAAUGCAGCAUGAGAGAGAGAGAGCGAGAGAGUGAGCGAGAGUGCGAGAGAGAGAGCGAGAGUGCACCUUGUGUGUGGAUGUGUGGCCAAAUGGGAUUGAGUAUAUACACGUAUACAGUAUGUCUUCAUGACUGUAGAGGUCUGUGUUUUAUAUUCUGUCUUCUGUCUGAUAUUAUUUGGUACAUGAUAACUCUAUUUAACAGUGAUACAUUUUAAAGCCUACAAUUUCAUUGGUAAUACUGUGCGUAGGCAAUUAUAUGAAGAUAUAUAUAAAUAUGUACAUGGAAGACUGUGUGAAAAUGAAGGAAGUUUACUUAUUACUGUAUAUCUAGGUAUUUCACACACCUUUGAUUUUUGCAGUGUGAGAUAAUGUUUUACAAAAUAAGUGUUAUGAAAUAUGUAUUCAGUUUGCCUUUAUACUGUAGUAAAAUAUUGUACUACC